AUGGCAAAUUAUCAAAGAACUGAAGAGAUGCAAGAAAAUUUCCAGAGAAAUGGAACACUACAAGAACAACUUCCUAAAACAAGAAAGCAAGCUGUUGGAGCUAUUGAGAUAUUCCGCUUUGCUGAUGGACUGGACAUCGUGCUCAUGGUCCUGGGAAUAUUGGCAUCACUGGUAAAUGGAGCCUGUCUUCCUUUAAUGUCUCUGGUUUUAGGAGAAGUGAGUGAUCACCUUACUAGUGAAUGUCUAGUCCAAACCAACACAACAAUUUCUCAGAACUGUACUCAGUUUCAAGAGAAGCUGAAUGAAGACGUGACCAUGUUGACUAUGUAUUAUGUUGGAAUAGGAGCUACUGCCUUGAUUUUUGGCUACAUGCAGAUUUCCUUUUGGGUGAUAGCUGCAGCACGGCAGACCAAGAGAAUUCGAAAACAGUUUUUUCAUUCGGUUYUGGCGCAGGACAUCGGUUGGUUCGAUGGUUGUGACGUCGGGGAACUGAACACUCGCAUGACUGAUGACAUCAACAAAAUCAGYGAUGGCAUUGGAGACAAGAUUGCUCUGUUGUUUCAAAAUAUGUCUACUUUUUCCAUUGGCCUGGCAAUUGGCUUCGUGAAGGGCUGGAAACUGACCCUGGUGACUCUGUCCACAUCGCCUCUUAUCAUGGCUUCGGCAGCAAUGUGCUCUCGGAUGGUCAUCUCACUGACCAGUAAGGAAUUGAAUGCCUAUUCCAAAGCUGGGGCUGUAGCAGAAGAAGUCUUGUCAUCCAUCMGAACAGUCAUAGCUUUUGGAGGCCAGGAGAAAGAAAUCCAAAGGUAUACACAGAAUCUAAAAGAUGCAAAAGAUGUUGGCAUCAAAAAGGCUAUAGCUUCGAAACUCUCUCUCGGAGCUGUGUACUUCUUYAUGAAUGGGACCUACGGACUCGCUUUUUGGUAUGGAACCUCCUUGAUUUUUAGUGGAGAACCUGGUUAUACCAUCGGGACCAUUCUUGCUGUGUUCUUUAGUGUAAUCCACAGUAGUUACUGCAUUGGAGCAGCAGCCCCUCACUUUGAAACCUUCUCUAUAGCCAGAGGAGCUGCCUUUAAUGUUUUCCAGGUGAUUGAUAAGAAACCCAGUAUAGAUAACUUUUCAACAAUUGGGUAUAAACCUGAAUGCAUAGAAGGAACUGUGGAAUUUAAAAAUGUUUCUUUCAAUUAUCCAUCAAGACCAUCUGUCAAGAUUCUGAAAGGUCUGAAUCUCAAAAUUAAGUCUGGAGAGACAGUAGCCUUGGUUGGCCCCAGCGGCAGUGGGAAGAGCACAGCAGUCCGGCUUCUGCAGAGGUUAUAUGAUCCUGGUGAUGGCUUUAUCACGGUGGAUGCGAAUGACCUCAGAGCCCUAAAUGUGCGCCAUUACCGAGAGCACAUCGGAGUGGUCAGCCAGGAGCCUGUGCUGUUUGGAACCACCAUUGGGAACAAUAUUAGGUAUGGACGAGACGGUGUGACUGACAAAGAGAUUGAGAAAGCAGCAAAGGAAGCAAAUGCUUAUGACUUCAUCAUGGAGUUUCCUAAUAAAUUUAACACAUUGGUAGGAGAAAAAGGAGCCCAGAUGAGUGGAGGACAGAAACAGAGAAUCGCGAUUGCUCGAGCUUUAGUUCGAAACCCUAAAAUUCUGAUCUUAGAUGAGGCUACAUCUGCCCUGGAUACAGAAAGUGAAUCGAUUGUUCAAGCUGCACUGGAGAAAGCAAGCAAAGGUCGCACUACAAUUGUGGUAGCACACCGACUUUCAACUGUUCGAAGUGCAGAUCUGAUUGUGACUCUAAAGGAUGGGAUGGUGGUGGAAAAAGGAACCCAUGCUGAGCUCAUGGCACAACAAGGUCUAUACUAUUCACUUGCAAUGUCACAGGACAUUAAAAAAGUCGAUGAAGAGAUGGAGUCAAUGACAUACUCUACUGAAAGAAACACCAGCCCUGCUACUCUGUGUGCUGUGAACAGCAUCAAGUCAGACUCUGAUGAUAAGUGUGAGGAAUCCAUCCAAUCUAAAGAGACGAGUCUUCCUGAAGUGUCUCUAUUGAAAAUUUUUAAAUUAAACAAAUCCGAAUGGAUUUUUGUGAUUCUGGGGACACUGGCUUCUGUUCUAAAUGGAACUGUUCAUCCGAUAUUUUCCAUCAUCUUUGCUAAAAUCAUAACUAUGUUUGAAGGUAAUAAUAAAACCACAUUGAAGAACAAUGCAGAAACCUAUUCCAUGAUAUUCUUCAUUCUGGGCAUUAUUUCCUUUGUCAGUUUCUUCAUGCAGGGAUUGUUUUAUGGCAGAGUAGGGGAAAUUUUAACCAUGAGAUUAAGACAUUURGCAUUCAAAGCCAUGUUAUAUCAGGAUAUUGCCUGGUUUGAUGACAAGGAAAACAGCACAGGAGCCUUGACAACAACAUUAGCCAUAGAUAUCGCACAAAUCCAAGGGGCAACAAGUUCAAGGGUUGGUGUCUUAAUGCAAAAUGCAACCAACAUGGGAUUGUCCRUUAUCAUUUCCCUUGUAUAUGGAUGGGAGAUGACACUCUUGAUUCUGAGCAUUGCUCCAGUACUUGCUCUAACUGGAAUGAUUGAAACCGCAGUAGUGACUGGAUUUGCAAACAAGGAUAAGCAAGAACUUAAGCGUGCAGGAAAGAUAGCAAUUGAAGCUGUGGAGAACAUACAUACUAUAGUGUCAUUAACAAGAGAGAAAGCCUUUGAGCAAACAUAUGAGGAGACUCUUCAGACCCAACACAGAAAUACCUUGAAGAAAGGACAGAUCAUAGGAAGCUGUUAUGCAUUCAGCCAUGCCUUUGUGUAUUUUGCCUAUGCAGCAGCAUUUAGAUUUGGAGCCUAUUUAUUUCAAACUGGACGAAUGACACCAGAGGGCAUGUUCAUAGUUUUCACUGCAAUUGCCUACGGAGCUAUCGCCAUGGGAGAGACACUUGUUUUGGCACCUGARUAUUCCAAGGCCAAAUCUGGAGCUGCUCAUCUGUUUGCCUUGUUGGAAAAGAAACCAACCAUAGACAGUCACAGCCAAAAAGGGAAAAAGCCAGACACAUGUGAGGGGAACUUAGAGUUUCGAGAAGUCUCCUUCUUCUAUCCAUGUCGCCCAGAUGUUUUCAUCCUUCGCGGCUUAUCCCUCAGCAUUGAGAAAGGGAAGACAGUAGCAUUCGUUGGGAGCAGCGGCUGUGGGAAAAGUACUUCUGUUCAACUUCUGCAGCGAUUUUAUGACCCUGUGAGAGGACAAGUGCUAUUUGAUGGUGUAGAUGCAAAAGAGUUGAAUGUACAGUGGCUCCGUUCCCAAAUAGCUAUCGUGUCUCAAGAGCCUGUGCUCUUCAACUGUAGCAUCGCUGAGAACAUCGCCUAUGGUGAUAACAGCCGCGUUGUAUCAUUAGAUGAGAUAAAAGAAGUUGCAAAUGCAGCAAAUAUCCAUUCUUUCAUUGAAGGUCUCCCUGAGAAAUACAACACACAAGUUGGACUGAAAGGACUACAGCUUUCUGGAGGCCAGAAACAAAGACUAGCCAUUGCAAGGGCUCUUCUCCGAAAACCAAAAAUUUUAUUGUUGGAUGAGGCCACUUCAGCCCUUGAUAAUGAGAGUGAAAAGGUGGUUCAGCAAGCCCUUGAUAAAGCCCGGAGAGGGAGGACAUGUCUAGUGGUGGCUCACAGACUCUCUACUAUACAGAAUGCAGAUCUGAUAGUGGUUCUGCACAAUGGAAAAAUAAAGGAAUGGGGAACUCAUCAGGAGCUCCUAAGAAAUCGAGACAUAUACUUUAAAUUAGUAAAUGCACAGUCAGUGCAUUGAUGCUGUUGAUUUAGAACUCUUUUGAUCUUUUUGUAAUGCAAA